CUUGACCUCCAUCCAACACACCCCUCAACCCAAUGGCUUCCUCCUUCUUCAAAAGACUCGUCUCUAUCUCCGAUCAUCUCCAUUACCCAAACCUUUCCUUCUUCUACUACUCCUCCGCCACACCAUCUUCUCCACCUGAACCCCUUCUCGCUCUCCUGAAAUCCCACAACUUCUCCGACUCCCACAUCUCCAUUCUCCUCUCCAAGCGCCCCUCCCUCCUUCGCUUUAAUGUCCCCCUUGUUCUCGCCCCCAAGCUCCGCUUCCUUCUCUCCGAUGCCGCCGCCGUCCCUCCCGACUUCCUCCCCAACCUCAUCAUCUCUAACCCUUCCAUCCUCACCCGCUCCCUUGACAACCAUCUCAAGCCCAUCUUCCAUCUCAUCCGCUCCUUCAUCGACUCCGCCGAUGACCUUCUCCUCAUCCUCCGCCGCAACUGGUUCCUCUCCUGCAGCCUCAACCGCUCCGUCGCUCCCAACAUUGCUUCCUUGCUUUCCAUUGGGGUCCCCCGCGACCGCAUCGCCAAGCUCAUCACUACCAGCAAUCGAUCUCUCAUGCUCAAUCCCGACGUUUUCCGAGCCAACAUCGCUGCUGUUCGCCGCGCGGGGAUCGAGCCGGAGAACCCUAUGUUCGUCUACGCACUCCGGGCCUUGAAUGGGAUGAAAAAAUCGACGUGGGAUUCGAGACUGAAGCUGUUCAAGGAGAUGGGUUGGUCGGAAGAGCUUGUUUAUGCCGCUUUUCGGAGGGCUCCGUUGUGCGUGCUGGUGUCGGAUGAGAAGAUCAGGAAGUCGACGGAGUUCUUCAUGAAGGAGGUGGGGUUUGGUCCGGAGGAGCUGAGCGUGAAACCGAAGCUCUUGAUGCAUGCAUUCGAAAAGAGGGUUUUGCCUAGGUUUAAGGUGUUUCAGGUGUUGGAGGAGAAGGGACUGUUUAGAAAGGUAGGGAAAGAGAAAGGUAAGAAGGUGGUGGCGAACUUCUUUACUUGCUCAGAGAAGGUGUUCUUGGCUAGGUAUGUGUCCAAGUAUUGCAAGAGAGCGCCAGAGUUGAAGGAUGUGGGGCUUCGGAUGGUUGGAAGUGAUGGUCAAAUUGCUGGAAAUUGUUGAAGCUUAGACAGAUUAAUAGAGAUUGAAUGAGUUGUUUGAGUUUUGAUUGUUCUGCAUUUGAUAAUUGAGGAAAGGAAGAUGGAAGGGAUGCACUGAGGCCCUUCAUUGUCAUGCUGUUCAUGCUAAUUUGUUCAGUGUGGCAUAGAUGUUGUGAAAAUUACUGCCAUUUUCAGGUUCUCUCCUUAACUGUUAUCUUGGAAUAGGGUUAAAUGAACUAUCUUUCUUGCCUCAUUGUUGCUUGCUUGAUGAACUUCGCUAUCUGUUGCUAAAUUUGUUAGUUGUCCUAUGUUUUCAUCCUUUUCAAUAUGUGGAAUAAUUUUAUUGUAUUUUUCAUAAC